AUGGUGCGAGCUCGCAGAAGCCGAGGGGCUAUUGCAACUGCCGCCUUGGCGGGCAUAGCAACAGCCGUUCAGUUAGGCCACGCCUUUCCGUUUCUUACAGAGCGACAGGAGCCUGAAUGGAAGAUGAUCGACUGCUCCCAUCCAGGUGUCAUCAACGCUGAAGAUGCCAGCGACUGGCGUUGGGACCAAGUCAAGGCCUCCCAAGCCUGGGACGAUGUCGUCGAGGGCUGGGCGUUGAACCGGACUGAACGUCCCGACAGCAACUUUCCUUUCCCUCGCUCGGUCAGCAACUUCUUCAAUGGUCCAGAAGGCAUGGACUGUCACAAACUUAUCGAGGCGAACGGUUGUCACGGUGGUAGCAACCUGCAGUGUCAUGACACCAACCAUCCAGCAGGAUACUUUAUCCUCAACUCAUUCCGCAACCUUGAAGCAUUCCUCUGGAACUUACACAGUGCCCUCAGCGAGGCCCACGAAUCUAUAGAUGGCAAAGUCGGCACGCUCUCUUCCACGUUCGCACCUGUUAAGCCCCUCGACCAAUCCUUCAACAUCAUUAUGAACUUUGUCCUUAUGGGCUGGGGUGUCGCAGCAGCCCCCGGAUGGAACGUCUUCUUUAGAAACUUGCCUGUCGUAUCUACCUCAGAGAUUCAUGGCUCCAUCAAAGACUUGACCAACGACAUGGUUAAGACAAGUCUUACCAUGGCCAAGGACUUGACGGGACAGAGGGAGCCGGCCUUAGCGACCCAGUCGGAAGUCUCGAAGCAAGUCACCGACAUUGUUGAACUCUGGAAGGAUACCAUCGUCCAAUUUGCUGAAAAGCUGUAUGAUGGCGAGGACGAGAAUGUGCAGAGGCUGGGCAGAAUUAUCUCGGGUGGUAAGAUGAUGUCGGACGAGACUGUCAUCCCAACCGUGACAGAGCUGCGCAAGUCCGUCAGCAGGUCCCUUUACUCCCAGCUCAUCCCCAUUUCCUGGAAGCUGUCGCAACAAGACAUCAACCCGUUCAUCAUGGACUUGGGCAAGACUUGUGACGAACGCAUCGACGACAAGGCCUUCUGUUUUGAAAACCGACUGUACGAGCUUCGCAGCGUCAAUGGCCUCGAGGAGAACUGCGAUGGGAGUACAACCGGAAAUACAGCCGGGUCGACCCCAGGUUGGGUGGCAUGCCCCUUGCCUGAACCUCCCGGAGUCGGAGCCCUUGGAUCAGAUGAAUGGGGCGGCAUCACCACCGAGGAUAUCGUCAUUGGAUCGCUCAACACAUGGAAGUCCAACGGCCAGCGGAAUGUGGAAGGCCCUAAGGACAUCGGACAACUCUCCGACGACGAGCUUGACUCGAUCGCAACCGACAUCCGAGCCAAUGGUGUCUUCACCCUGCCGGUGUGUGGCGAGGAGGAGGCCCGCAACGGCUACAGGGACGGUAAUUCCGGCAGCUCCUACUCUUUCCCUUGUGGCACUGAGUACAAAGACCCCCGCUACAAGUCGCUGUCUUCAGACGAGUUCAAGUGCGAGGGCAGCGGCAUGUGCCCCUCAGCCGUAAACUUUGUACGCAACUGUGACAGAGCCGUCAACGACGAGCUGAUCCGCACUGAUGACUUGACCUACGGUAUUGACGCCAACAAGGACGAGAGACCCAGCGGCGGCCACAGUGGCAACUGCAAGGUAUUUCUGGAAGGCCACAUUGACUGUCUCCGGAGCGGCAACGAUAUUUGGUACGAUUACCAGGACAUCCGUGAGAAGGGAGGGUGCGAGCGGUGUGGCAAGAAGUUUUGGGGCCCUAAUAACUCGUGUGUAACUGUUGUUAACUACGGCCUUUAG